AUGUCAUUAAUAAAUAAUAAUAAUAAUAAAAAAUGUUCAAUCCAUCCAAGUAAAAGUGUGAAACUUUUAUGUUUAGAUUGUAAAUUAAUGCCAUGUUGUAUUUUAUGUACAUCAAGUAAUGGUUCUCAUCAUCGUCAUCGAUUAGAACCAAUAUCAACAUCAAACAUUCUUUCAAUGAUGAAUAAUUUUAAAGAUGAUAUUUGUCCAAAAUUACUUGAAAGAUUUGGAGAUAAUAAACAAACAUUAAAAGAUUCCAAUGAAAUUUUCAAUGAAAUUCAAUCACAAAAUGAUGAAAAUAAAAAAUUACUCAAAGAUGAAUUUAAAAAACUUCACCACAUACUCUCAAUACUUGAAUUAGAUAUUGAAAAACAAUUAGAAACGGUAUUCCAAGAAAAUACAUUAAUAAAUGCAACUAUUACCUCUUCAAUCGAUAAUGAUAAUGAUAAUGAUAAUAGUAAUUAUAAUAAAAAUAUUAGUAAUAAUAAUUAUAAUAAUAAUAAUAAUAAUUAUAAUAAUAAUAAUAAUAAUAAUAAUAAUAAUAAUAAUAAUAAUAAUAAUAAUAAUAAUAAUAAUAAUAAUAAUAAUAAUAACUCAAUGAUUGAUAAAUUAAAUAAUUCAAUUAAGAAUAUUAAUAAUAUUCAACAAAAUUACGAUGAUUACGAUUGUGGUGAUGAAGAUAUUAAUGGUUAUCAUAAAGAUACUGAUACAAUUCAACUAAUUAAACAAUAUCAACAAUCAUUAUUGUUAUUAAAAAAUAAUAUUAAUAUCAAUAAUCGAAAUAAAUUAAAAGAAUAUAAUAAUCAAAUAAUUAAAUUCGAUAAUCAAACAAUUGAUGGUAUUAAAAAUAAUUUAAAACUAAUUUAUGAACUUAUUAAUAAUAAUGAUAAGAAUAAUAAUUAUAAUAAUAAUAAUAAUAAUAAUAAUAAUAAUAAUAAUAAUAAUAAUAAUAAUAAUAAUAAUAAUAAUAAUAGUAAAUUAAAUGAAAAAUUUAAGAUUGAAAUUGAUGAAAAUAAUUAUAAAUUUAUAAAAAAAAUUGGUACUAGUGAAAAAUAUUAUAUAUAUUCAGAGGACAGUGAAUUACCAAAAGAUAUUUAUAAUUAUAAAAUUGCACUUGGAGAAGAUUGUGGUAGUUUAUUAAAACUUAAAUCAAAUAAAAAUUUAAAGGAUGUAAUAUUAUUAGAUGGAUUUAAAGAAAGUUUAGAACCAGGUGUAUUACCACUUGGUAUUGAAUAUUUAGAUAUAUGUGAUAUUAAAACACCAUUAGUUAAAGGAUCAAUACCAUCAAGUGUUAGGCGGUUAUCAUUUCAUGAUGGAUUUAAUCAAUCAAUUGAGGCUGGUAUUAUUCCUUCGAGUUUUAUAUGGUUAUAUCUACACGACAUUAAAAAGCCAUUAAAGAUUGGUUCAAUUCCUAAUUCUGUAGCUCAAUUGCAUGUUUGUGAUGGAUUUUCCCAAUCACUAGAACCAGGUAUUAUUCCCUCAAGGGUCGGAUCUUUAAUUUUAAGAGAUAUCAAACGCUCAUUAGAGAUUGGAUCAAUUCCAAAAACUGUUGCUCAUCUAAAUUUAGGAAAUGGAUUUAAUCAACCAUUAUCAAUCGGUACCAUUUCUUUGAUACCUGAAGGUAUACAAUCGUUAGGUUUAAAUAAUAUUAAAAGUGAAUUAAAGAUUGGAUCACUUCCUAAAUCAGUUGAAUCCAUUCAGUUUAAUGAUGGUUUUAACCAAUUACUCUCACCAGGUAUUAUACCAGAUAGUGUUAAAUCCUUAUUCUUCUAUAAUAUUAAAGUACCAUUAGUUGUUGGAUCAAUUCCUAAAUCAGUCACUGAAUUAAAUUUCUAUAAUGGUUUCGAUCAAUUAAUAACACCAGGUAUAAUUAGUGAUGGAGUGAAAUUCUUACAAUUAUGUGAUACUAUUUCAUUAGAAGUGAAUUCAAUACCAAAUUCUGUAACAAAUCUCAGUAUUUGUGAAGGAUUCAAACAUCAACUAACACCAGGAAUCAUUCCAAAUUCAAUAAAGCAAUUAAAUUUAGGAAAAAUGAAUGCACCACUAAUUGAAGGAUCAAUACCCAAAAAUAUUCCAAAAAUUAUUUUACAAUAUAAUUUUGAUCAAUCAUUAGAUAUUUGUAAAUUAGAUAAAUCUGUAGAAAUUAUUAAAUUAUAA